GUUUUUGUUUACAAUAGCACGAUGACGCAGCGUUAAUUGACAUUAGUGGUGUUGCCUUCAGUUGCCACUAGAAUUAUUAAGUUAUCAUUUUCUUGCGAUAUUUUAUCUUAUUUUUGUGUGUAAGAAUUUUAAGACAAAACCUAAUGUGUAGUGUCGCUACCGGUUAUCUCGUAGGAGUUGUGUGAGUUAGCCAACUUUAAAAGUAAAUUUGGAUCAUAAUAUUUCAACUUUACGUUUUUUGUUUUUAUAUUUUAAUACUUUAAUACAAAAUGGACCAAAGCGAUACUUUUCCAGUGAAGCUGUACGUUUACGACCUGUCCAGAGGAAUGGCCCGGCAGUUAAGUCCUCUCAUGCUCGGGAAAGUACUGGAAGGGAUAUGGCACACUGCUAUUGUGAUCCAUGGAAGGGAGUACUUUUUUGGUGGACAGGGUAUCAAUAGUUGUCCACCAGGUGGCACACCUCUGGGUGAACCUGACUCCAUCGUGGACCUGGGUCGCACUGAGGUCCCAGCUGAGCUCUUUACCGAUUAUCUUGCUUCUCUGGCAGAGUCAACUUACAGUGGUGACAAGUACAACUUGUUUGAGCACAACUGCAACUCCUUCAGCAGUGAACUGGCUCAGUUUCUAACAGGCAGAAAAAUUCCAUCAUACAUCACAGACCUACCAUCUGACAUACUAUCCACACCCUUUGGACAGGCACUGCGUCCAUUUCUGAAUUCCUUCUCCAUAAACCCUGGAGGCAGCAACAUGAAUGGACAACAGUAAACACACCUACAUUUGUGAAAGGAAAUAUUGCCAUUAAAGAAUUUUUAAUGUGGGGGUAAUUAAUAACCACCACUUGGCCUGUGACUGAUGGGUUUAGGCUUUCAGGCCGUGUUCUGCACUUUCCUACCAUCUUUACCUGCUGAGGUGUUUCACCAGGACAGUUCAGUUUCAUAACGAAAUGACCAAAUAAGAAACAUUUUAAUAUUUACCCAUUAAAAUGUUACAGCCUUCC